GUUUUUCAUGGGUAUACAAUGAAUACUCUCUGAUUCAGAGAUUUGCCGCACUGUAAAAUUGUAGACAGUUGUUUUGGAAGGAACCAAUGACAGACAUGGAGUUGCCAGUGGUGGCACCAAAGACCAGCCUGAAGCUGGACACUCAGUUUAACAUCCAGAGAAAAGUCUUUGUUGGCAAUGUCAGCUACCGGAUCAGGUCAAGAAAAUUGGCCAAGUUUUUCAGCAAAUUCGGCUCUGUAGAGCACUGCUACAUCGUUAAAGACCACUUGAAGGGAUGGUCAAGAGGGAUAGCAUUUAUUACAUUUGAGAAUGAAGAUGGCAUGACAAGGGCCCUACAAGCUUCUGAUCAAGAGCUUUAUCUCGAUGCUAGACAGAUGCGAGUGCAACCAUCACAGCUCUCCUCCAAGACAUGGUACCUUCUGGCCGACAGUGAGGAAGAAUCAGAGGGGGAUGGGACACCAUAUCAGGGGGAGAGGACACCAUCUCAGGGGGAGGGGAAUCAAUCUCCCAGUGAGCAGAAUACACAACAAAGCACUGCAGAGACAUUUUUGCCAAGGGCGUGUGAUGGUGCAGCCAUUGAUAUGUUGUUCGAAGAGGUGAUGGUGCGGAUCUUAUCUUUGUUGUCCUGGAAGGAACGGGUUGGCGUGGAGCGAGUGUGCUGGCGCUGGAAACACCUUGUACAACGAACAUGGAGCUCAGUGCACCACCUGCACUUCCGCAACAUUUUUAAGGGAUUUGGAGGGCUGACAGACAAGAACCUAGGCUGUUUGUUGUCACGGUGCGGGUCAUACCUGACAUCCCUUGAUGUCGCAGCGUCACCACGCAUCCUCACAACCUUCGCCAUGGAUGUCAUAGGAAAGCACUGUCCCAGCCUGCAGGAGCUAGACCUAACCUCUGUCAAGGUCACAGAUAUUUCAUUGAAGAAUCUGGUAUCCAGAUGUACAAACCUCCGCAGGUUGUGGCUCAGAAAAUGCUUCCAUGUCACUGACAAAGGGGUUAGAUAUGUGUUGAGUGUGUGUUCACAGCUGGCUUACCUUGACCUCUCAGACAUGCCGGUCAUCUCCGGACAGUGUUUCAAAAAAGUCAGUCGUGAACAUUCUGCGUUGAAAAGUGUCAUUUUGACAAACAACCAUUCUGUUAGUGAUGCUGGUAUGAGUCAGCUGGUCAGUCGCUGCAGCCAGUUGGAGGAGCUGAAUAUCUCUAACUGUCUCAACAUCUCAUCAGCAACACACACCCAGAUCUGCCAGACCUUGUCAAAUCUUAGGGUAUUGAAUGCAGCAGGAAUCAAAUUGGAUGAAAGUGCUGUUGAAGUGAUAGGCAAUCUUCAUGCAUUGGAGGAUUUGAACAUCUCGUUCAGUAGGCUUGUGUUGGAUUUGACACUUAUAUCACUUGCUCAAGGAUGUCACCUUCUCAGGGAUUUGGACGUGAGUGGGUGUGCGUCGGUGACGGAUAUUGGAGUGAUGUCCCUUGCCCAGUUGCCUCGGCUCACCAGUCUCAACUUAAGCUAUCUCAGCCAGGUGACUGAAGAUAGUGUGAUGAAGAUAGCCCAGGCUGGCCACCUCAAGAAGUUGGUUGCUAGAGCUACAAAGUUCACAACAGAUGAUGCCAUCAUUGCCCUGGUAACACUUUGCCCGUUGGAGCACCUCGAUGUGAGUGGAUGUUUCCAGAUAACCAUGGCAAUUCUCCCUGCCUUCAAAAACACACCGGCCCUCAAUGGGGAUACCAACAUACAGCUCAUUAUUGGGGGGACAUCAAUAGACCUAGAAGACGAGGACAUGAGCGCGGUGAUGGGGCUCGAUCAUGUGACCAUCAGCAUGCACAACCUCGUCAUGCGAGAACUUGAACCUGACAGGGACAUCAUUCUCCCAAGUUACGAUGGGGAUGAGAUGGAAGAUGAAGACGACAGUUACAGUCCACACUUGCCUAUCCCAGCCUACCAAGAGCAUGUGGACUUCAAUGAUGACUGGGACGAUGAUUACUAUGGUGACGGUUACCUUGACAACGAUGAUCCACUAGAGCUAGAGCGAUGGAGUAUGUCCUGACAACAGCUGCUGUGUUCAAUCCUUGAGACUGUGAUACGUGAACUAAGAGGACACACUUUGUUAUUGAACACUGACAGUGUUGUGUUAUAUUUGUAGUAAUGAAAGAAUAAUCUUUUAUUUGAUUAUAUAUAUACCUUUAAAUUGUGAAUGUUUAAUACAAUUUGUUACCAGUUACACCGAUUAUUUAACAAAUAUCACUAAUGCCUAGGACAAGGAUCUCUAGUUCUGUGUUUCUGGUUAGGUUAUUUUGUUUUCGUAUAAAAGAAUAAUAAAGAAAUGAUAAGAAUA